AUGGCAUCUCGCCCCACCGUCACCGUCGCCAAUGCCGAAGGCAAGCCCAGCGGUGCGACCCAGCCUCUGCCCGCGGUGUUCGCGUCACCAAUCCGUCCCGACAUUGUUCAGUCGGUACAUACUGGUAUCGCGAAAAAUAAGAGACAGCCGUAUGCUGUGAGCGAGAAGGCUGGCGAACAGACUUCAGCUGAGUCUUGGGGUACUGGCCGUGCUGUCGCUCGUAUUCCCCGUGUCUCUGGAGGAGGAACGCACCGUGCUGGUCAAGCUGCAUUUGGUAACCAAUGUCGCGCCGGUCGUAUGUUCGCUCCCACUAAGGUCUGGAGAAAAUGGCACCAGAAGAUCAACCUUGGCCAGAAACGAUUCGCCACCGCUUCUGCGCUGGCCGCUUCUUCCGUCCCUGCGCUCCUCUACGCCCGUGGCCACCGUAUCUCUAACGUGCCUGAAGUUCCCCUGGUGGUUGACUCCAAGGCAUUUGAGAAUGACUCCAUCGCUAAAACCAAGGCUGCCAUCACCCUUCUCAAAAACCUCGGAGCCGGCCCAGAUCUCGUCAAGGUAGAGAAAUCUCGCAAGCUUCGUGCCGGAAAGGGAAAGAUGCGUGGACGGAGAUACCGCCAACGCCGUGGACCUCUGGUCGUCUACAACCCGGACGUCGAUGGAAAACAGCUCGUCAAAGCUUUCCGUAACAUCCCCGGCGUUGAGACCUGCCCUGUCUUCGCUCUUAAUCUCCUCCAAUUGGCCCCUGGUGGACACCUGGGUCGCUUCAUUGUCUGGACCUCCUCUGCAUUCGCUGCUCUCGACACCAUUUAUGGCUCCACCACCGUCCCAUCCGCCCUUAAGAAGGACUUCCUCCUCCCAUCCAACCUCAUCUCCAACGCUGACAUCACCCGUCUCAUCAACUCUUCCGAAGUCCAAUCCGCCCUCCGCGAGCCAAAGGGAUACGCCAGAACCAAGAGAGGUGCUGUCCAGAAGAAAAACCCCCUCCGCAACAGACAGGUCCUCCUCCGACUCAACCCAUACGCUGCAGCUUUCUCCAAAGCGAAGCUCGGCCAGCAGAGCAUCAAGUCGGGCAAACCUGAGCGGGCUGGUGAGACUUUCCAUAAGAUUCUGGCUCAGGAGUAG